AUGGAUGGCAUCAGAGUGCCCGUGCUGCUGCUCCAGCUGCUCCUGGUUCUGACUUGGGUGGAGCCUACCUCCUUGACUGAGGACUUCAGCCUAAGCCAAGCCGAGGCGCUGGAAUUCACCAUCAACAACUACAAUAACCAGUCAGAUGAGGAGUAUGCUUUCUGUGUCCUGGAAACUCAGCCCCAGCCAGACUGGGACCCAACUCUGUCGGAACCACAGUCACUGUAUUUUACCAUCAAAGAGACGGAGUGCAAGAUGGUGGAGAACCUCACCCUUGAGCAGUGUCCUUUCAAGGACAAUGGGCAAGUGAAGAACUGCUUGGCAAUCAUCGAGACCAGUGGGGAGGGUCUCAGUGUGGAGCUCACCUGUGAACCCCAAAACCCUGCAGAGGUGAGAAAAACUCCUGGGGAUCUUGAAGAAGGAGGGGAGGGGCAGAGGGGCAGAGGGUUCAGGAACCAGAACUUCAGGCUGGGAGGUUUCAGAAAAAGGGCUGUGGCAGCAUAUGUGGAAAUGCAGGCUGUCACCAAGUUAAAAAGUCCAGGUUCUCAGCUGGCUCACCGGCAACUGGAGCAGAAUUUGGGGAGAGGCUCUUGA